CUGCCUUUUCUUUCCGCUGGUACUUUCGCUUUGCUGCGCUGAGUUUGCGGACAGAAGAACGCGAGUCAGACCCUAAAUAGAGCGGAGGCGACCCGGUGCGCCUGGGAGAGGAGGCACGGCUGUGCUCUCGCCUAUCCCUGCGGGAUCCGGCGCGCAGAAAAGUUUGCAUUUGCCGUGUGCCACCCCUAGAGAGCUGUCUAAGCUAGACGCACCCUGUGCAUGCAGACCCAACAGUCUUGGCAUCUGACGUGCUGUGUGUAGCUGCUGCUUGUGUUGAAUCCCUAGCCCUUCGCUGGGCACAAGGUGACAGGAUGUCCCAGUGGUAUGAGCUUCAGCAGCUUGAGUCCAAAUACCUGGAGCAGGUUCACCAGCUCUAUGAUGACAGUUUUCCCAUGGAAAUCAGACAAUAUCUGGCACAGUGGCUAGAAAAGCAAGACUGGGAGCAUGCUGCCAAUGAUGUUUCAUUUGCCACCAUCCGUUUUCAUGACCUGCUAUCACAGCUGGAUGAUCAAUACAGUCGCUUUUCUUUGGAGAAUAAUUUUUUAUUGCAACAUAACAUAAGGAAAAGCAAGCGUAACCUUCAGGAUAAUUUUCAGGAAGACCCAAUACUGAUGUCUAUGAUCAUCUGUAACUGCCUGAAGGAGGAAAGAAAGAUCUUGGAUCAUGCCCAGAGAAUCAGCCAGGCGCAGUCCGGGAAUAUUCAGAGCACUGUGAUGUUAGACAAACAGAAGGAGCUUGACGGCAAAGUCAGAAACGUGAAAGACAAAGUUAUGAGUAUUGAACAUGAAAUCAAGACCCUAGAAGAUUUGCAAGAUGAAUAUGACUUUAAAUGCAAAACGUUGCAGAACAGAGAACAUGAAACCAACGGCGUGGCAAAGAAUGAUCAGAAACAAGAACAGUUGUUACUCCAGAAGAUGUACUUAAUGCUGGACAAUAAGAGAAAGGAAGUCGUUCUCAAAAUAAUAGAGUUGUUGAAUGCCACGGAACUUACCCAGAAAGCCCUGAUUAAUGAUGAACUGGUGGAAUGGAAGCGGAGACAGCAGAGUGCCUGUAUUGGGGGGCCCCCCAAUGCUUGCCUGGAUCAGCUGCAAAAUUGGUUUACCAUAGUGGCGGAGAGUCUGCAGCAGGUUCGUCAGCAGCUUAAAAAGCUUGAGGAGUUGGAACAGAAAUACACCUAUGAACAUGACCCCAUCACCAAAAACAAGCAAGCCUUAUGGGACCGCACCUUCAACCUCUUCCAGCAGCUCAUUCAGAGCUCAUUUGUGGUGGAAAGACAGCCCUGCAUGCCAACUCACCCUCAGAGGCCAUUGGUCUUGAAGACUGGAGUCCAGUUCACUGUGAAACUGAGGCUGCUGGUGAAGUUGCAAGAGCUGAAUUAUAACUUGAAAGUCAAAGUCUUAUUUGACAAAGAUGUGAAUGAGAGAAAUACAGUAAAAGGGUUUAGGAAGUUCAACAUUCUGGGCACUCACACGAAGGUGAUGAACAUGGAAGAGUCCACCAAUGGGAGUCUGGCGGCAGAAUUCCGACACCUGCAACUGAAAGAACAAAAAAAUGCUGGUGCCAGAACUAAUGAGGGUCCUCUCAUCGUCACUGAAGAGCUUCACUCCCUUAGUUUUGAAACCCAGUUGUGCCAGCCUGGUUUGGUCAUUGACCUUGAGACGACCUCUCUACCCAUCGUGGUGAUCUCCAAUGUCAGCCAGCUUCCAAGUGGCUGGGCCUCUAUCCUGUGGUACAACAUGCUGGUGGCAGAACCCCGGAAUCUGUCCUUCUUCCUGAACCCACCUUGUGCACGAUGGUCUCAGCUUUCAGAGGUGCUGAGUUGGCAGUUUUCUUCUGUCACCAAAAGAGGUCUCAAUGUGGACCAGCUCAACAUGCUGGGGGAGAAACUUCUUGGCCCCAACGCCGGCCCCGAUGGUCUGAUUCCAUGGACAAGAUUCUGUAAGGAAAAUAUAAAUGAUAAAAAUUUUCCUUUCUGGCUUUGGAUCGAAAGCAUCCUUGAACUCAUUAAAAAACACCUGCUUGCUCUCUGGAAUGAUGGGUGUAUCGUGGGCUUUAUUAGCAAGGAGCGAGAGCGGGCCUUGCUGAAGGACCAACAGCCCGGGACAUUCCUGCUGCGCUUCAGCGAGAGCUGCCGGGAAGGGGCGAUCACGUUCACGUGGGUGGAGCGGUCCCAGAAUGGAGGCGAACCUUACUUCCAUGCGGUUGAACCCUACACAAAGAAAGAACUUUCUGCUGUUACUUUCCCUGACAUUAUUCGCAAUUAUAAAGUCAUGGCCGCUGAAAAUAUUCCAGAGAAUCCCCUGAAGUUUCUGUAUCCAAAUAUUGAUAAAGACCAUGCCUUUGGAAAAUACUACUCCAGGCCAAAGGAAGCCCCAGAGCCUAUGGAACUUGAUGGCCCUAAAGGAACCGGAUACAUCAAGACUGAAUUGAUUUCUGUGUCUGAAGUCCACCCUUCUCGACUUCAGACCACAGACAACCUUCUUCCCAUGUCUCCUGAGGAGUUCGACGAGGUGUCUCGGAUGGUGGGGUCUGUAGAAUUCGACAUGAUGAAUGCGGUCUAGAGCAUGAAUUUUUCUCAUCUUCUCUGGAGACGUUUUUCCUUCCCACCUGUGAUUCCCUUCUGCUACUGUGUUCCUUCACAUCCUGUGUUUCUAGGGAAACUAAAGAAAGGCCAACAAAUUUGCUGCAACCUGUUGAUAGCAAGUGGAUUUCCCCCUAAUUCAGAAACAUCUUUUACUCUGAAGGGCUUCAUGCAUCUUAUUGAAGGUAAAAUUGAAAGGUCUUCUCCACAUAGAGGGUUUUACAGAUGAAAAACAUCCUCGUACACCAAAAUCAUCAGGACUAGAAUGAGAGUACUUUAGGAAAGGUGAGACAUUUAGCAGCAUGUAGCAGAUGCUAUGUAUAGUCAGGGCCCGAUUGUUACAGGUGGUUGGGUAGAUCAUAUGGUUAUUCUUAUUUGUUCUCUCUACUUUAAAUAUAGCCUGAAGUUUGCCAGUGGCUUGCCUGUGAAAUAGUGCAAAGCUGUCCUGUAUCUGGGCAGAAGAUAGAAGUUAUGUGUGUUAUUAUAUUUUCCACACUGGCCAUUGAAAACUAGAGAGAUUCUCUCUUGGGAGAAUUAGCUUUUGUUUGUUAUGGCUUUAUGAUGCUGGCUAAUAUCAAUAGAAGGAAGUAAACUUUCCAAAUUCAGGAGUAGUAUCUUCCGUUUCAGCUUUAAUACCAAAGUUGAAUAUAUUCUGCCUUCAUCAUGAAAUUGAAGUUAGUAAAUGAAACUGUCUGUACAGUUCUAUCAAGGGAGCCAAACAAUUAACAACUCUCUUAAGGCAAAUCCUAUUAUUUUUUCAAAAAGUUGAAAUUAAUUGUAGAUGUGAACAAACUCAGAAAUUUAAUGCAUGUUUCUUAAGUGGGUUCACUUGUCUUUAUUGUUAUUAGCUGGUAGUUAGCCAAAAUUUUCAAAUUGAGAAGAAAUAAUAGUAACUGACAAAUCAUUAAGUGGAGAUUAUGAGAAUCCAAUAAUUUGAAAACUCAUCCUGUGUAACUGCAUUGAGAAUUGCGUAUUUUUCACUGGCAAAUGUGUUUCUCUCACAAAUACAUUACAAAACCAUUACAAAUGGUUCCACCCUCUCUCUUGUGCUUUUUCUAGACCUGUUUUGGACUGGAUGAUGUUUUGUGAAGUGCUGUGUUACUUACCUUGCCCCUUCCCUAGCACUGAUGCACACAGAAGUGGUUUAGGGAGUGGGUUUGAUAGAGAUCUUCUAGAUAAUUUUCACAAACAGCUGUCUGCAGCUGAAUCAUAUUUUUCUGCUGUCGCCACCACAAUCAUAUUUUUAUGUAAAUACUGUAUUUUUCUGGUGGGGAUAAAGUUUUCUUGAGGUCUGUUUUAAAGUAUGUGUGUUACAUUAAAUAUAAUAUGUCCUUGGUAUUAAACACAAAUUAAAACCUCCUCAGUUUUUACAUAAGAUGAUUGACAUGAACCUGAUUGAGUUUCAGUUGACUUUUUAAAUUAAAAUGAUAAAGGAACAAAGAAGACAGCAGUUUAAAAAGGUGUUUCUAAUUCCUGAUAUUUAGCUAUUUGGUAUAUUUUUGCCCUCUAAAAAUGCUUUGGCAUAGUUUCAUUUUCCUGCACAUCCAGAGAUUUUGUUUACUUUUUUUUAAAGUAUUAAAGUUAUAAAGUUAGUCUGUUAUAAAUAAUAGUUGGUGUAAAGAUUUUAAACGUUCCUGGCACUGUGUGUAGGUUUGAUGUUUUUCUCAUCUUAUGUUUAAACAUAAAAAUGUCAUUCCUUAUUUUUAAAUAAGAUCAAUAUCGUUUUCGUAAGUGUUGCCCUCUCUUACCCUGAUUAAGGUAGGUCAGUGGAGGAGAUGAGAGAAGAAACAUUACUGAGAGAAGUCAUAAUGAGUACCAUAAACAACAAACAAAACCCUCUGGUCUUGGUGAUCACCACAGCUGCCUCCAAGUGCAGAAAUCAUUUUGUAUUUAUUUUAAAGUGAAUUUCAGUACUGCUAUAAUGUAAGUUUUUAAUUUUAAAAUACAUAUAAAAUGUGACUAUUGUCUCCAUAGCAGCAUCUAAAAUCUACACCUCCUUGAUGAGGUGAGAUAUUCCUUCCUGAGAAGUUAUUGCACCCACACAAAAAGCUGCCAUUUUUUUUUCUCCAAAGAUGCUCUAAGCUAGAAAGCUGUGACCCUCUCAAAGUAAAAGACAUUGAGUGCUGGGGAAAAAAAAUAAUAUAAGAACCACUAGGUUAGACGUAAAUUGGCAGGUUAGAUUGAACUGUUGUUUGAGCUAUCAGAGAAUGGUGGUAUAAGCUUGAAUUCUGGCCUCAUAGCAAAUAUGACCAUUCUCAUCUCCCUAUCUGCAGUACUUAUAUCUAGGAAAUAUCAAGUUUUUUCAUAACAAACAUCAAGAGCAUAUUUCUCCAGGGAAUGAAGUACAACAGAUAAUGCCCUGCCUAGCUGGUUAUGUUUGUAUUUCUAUGUAUUUGAUCAUUAUAAGAAGUCACUGAGUAGAUCCUGGUAAAGGGAUGUUUGUGUGUUUUAAGAGUAUUUCUGGUAUGGUGUUUUAUAAGCAUAGAACCUUUAUGUACCACUUAGGACAAAUUUCUCCCUUUUCAGGAAAGUGUUUUCUGAAGUGGCAGUAAAUAGCAUUAAAUGAUGGAAAUCUA